AAUACUAUAGUUUCAGUCUUCGGUUUAUCUCCUCCAUCUUCCCUUCAAGGUUCUUUUAUUCCAACUCUAUCACCACAAAGAUGCAUGUUCUCGUCAUCGGUGGCAGUGGACGCACUGGCAAGCUUACUAUCAAUGAGCUUCUUCGCAAAGGACAUCAAGUUACUACUCUCGCCAGAAACCCUUCCGCAAUGGAAGACCUUCCCGGUUUGAACGUCAUCAAAGGAACACCACUAGAAAUCUCAGACGUCCGAGCUGCCUUCAAGCACAACACCACAGACGCAGUGAUCGUGACUCUCAACGCCCGCAGAGCCACAGAGAGCCCCUUCUCUGCUCCUAAUCCCGACCCCCGCCUUAUGACCAAAUGCAACGAAAACGUCGCCACGGUCAUGAAAGAAUACGGCGUCCGCAAGAUCGUCGUCUUGCAAGCGUUUGGUGUGGCUGAGUCGUGGUCCAACAUGCCCUGCGCGUUGCGCCUGCUUAUGAGCAAGUCAAACAUGAUCUACCAAUAUAAUGAUCAUAACGAGACAGCCCGCAUUCUCCGGGCUAGUGAACUAGACUAUGUCUUUGUUCGUCCCUCUCGUCUAGUGGAGACUGAAGAAGAAAACGUGAAGGUGUGGCCGAAUCAUGGCAAGGGUGUUCCUUUGAUGGCUAGUAUGAGUCGAGUCAGCGUUGCGCGCUGGCUUGCUGAUGCGGUGGAGACUGAUAGAUGGAACCGAUCCGCUCCUGUUAUUACUAAUUGAGCGAGGACUAUGUUAGGGAUGCAAGGAAGG